AUGGCUGCUGUUCUUGCAAACUCUGCACGCGUCGCUCUGCGCUCAGGAGCGUCGACUUCCUUCAAGGCCGGAGCUGCGGGCUUGACCUUCGCCCGCGGCAAGGCAACUCUGCCCGACCUCUCCUACGACUAUGGCGCUCUUGAGCCGUCGAUCUCCGGCAAGAUCAUGGAGCUCCACCACAAGAACCACCACAACACCUAUGUCAACAGCUACAACACCGCUCUUGAGCAGCUCCAGGAGGCUCAGCACAAGGGUGACAUUGCUACCCAGAUUUCUCUGAAGCCCGCCAUCAACUUCCACGGCGGUGGUCACCUUAACCACACUCUCUUCUGGGAGAACCUGGCCCCCAAGAGCGCUGGCGGUGGUGAGCCCCCCUCGGGCGCCCUUGCUAAGGCCAUCGAUGAGACCUACGGUAGCCUCGGCGAGUUCCAGAACAAGGUCAACACUGCUCUUGCUGGUAUCCAGGGCAGCGGUUGGGCUUGGCUCGUCAAGGACAAGCAGACUGGCCAGAUCAGCAUCCGCACCUACGCCAACCAGGACCCCGUUGUCGGUCAGUUCGAGCCCCUCCUUGGUAUUGACGCCUGGGAGCACGCCUACUACCUCGAUUACCAAAACCGCAAGGCUGAGUACUUCAAGGCCAUCUGGGAGGUCAUCAACUGGAAGACUGUCGAGAAGCGUUUCUCUUAA